CCUGGAGGUCAGACGUCCACCUUCAUCACGCCUAUAAUCUGCAUGCGGAUAAGAACCAGACUACGAACAAAGAACCCCUCUCCAAUGGACUAAAACAAAACAUAAAUCAAAUAAAUCAGCCGAUUCCACCUUAAAUGGCAUUUGCGUCUGUGGCGGAGACCCGGGCGCCAUCUUCGGUCCACCUUAAGCGCACAAUGUGGCCAGCGAACGACAGCGUAGCAGCCGGGCUUCCGUCCGCGUUCUCCAGCCGCGGGUCGCACUCGGGCUUCCCAGCUUUUUGGGCACGGCGUCACUUGUGAAACAGCAGGAGGGGGGGGAGGAAAAAGACGCACUCAGGCCAAACACGACCAGCAAGAGAAGAUGUCCGAACCCAAUAAGUACCGAGAGUGGAUCCUGGCAACAAUCGACUCCCUCCGCUCGAGGAAAGCCCGUCCGGAUCUGGAGAGGAUUUGUCGAAUGGUCCGGAGACGACACGGGUCAGACCCGGACCGAACCAGGACAGAACUGGAAAAACUGAUUCAAGAGCAGACGGUGCUCAAAGUUAGCUACAACGGGUCCAUAUCGUACCGGAAUGCGGCGAAGGUGCAGAGGAAAAGCAGAAAGAAGAGUGAGUUUACGGCGGCUGGCAGCGGCGGCGGCGGCGCGGAGGCAGCGGCGGGGGAGCGAACCAAGCGCGACCCUCUCAACAACAACGGCGACAGCGCGCACAGCUUCACCGACCAGGGGGAGGACUCGGAGCCCAGCCCGGACCCCCGCGCCCCUCAAGCAUCAGCCCGCGCCGCCGACCAGAAGCUCAAGCCCGCCUCCAGCCCGAGUAGCGGAAACGGGCGCCUCAUUUGUGGCGCAACAACGGGCUGCGCCGUCGGGAGCGGCUGCAAAGAGGAGAAAGCAAGUGCACCGGGAGACAAGGGAUUAGGACCGCGGGGAGCGGGGGACUGCCCGCCGCCCGGUCCCCGUCGCGGGACAAACAAACACGACGGCGGUGAUGCGUGCGGCGAGGCGGCGGCGGCGGGCGACGCCGAGGCGCCUCCCGGAGAAAUGGAGCCGUGUCCGCCAAGAGAUGACACGCGGGACACAACUUGCAGCGGGAGCGUGCGCAACAUGCAGCUGCAGCAGCAGCAACAACGGGGACAAAAGCGGACUGAGUCCCUCGAGCCCAAACUUCGAGUCGGAGUCGGGGGAGGGGGAGGAGAUGGGGGAGGGGGGCGCACCGGAGCAGCGGGGAGCCACGCCAACUCCGAGCUGGGCGACAGAUUGGUGGCUUCUGUUCGCAGCCUGUCCGAGAAAAGCAUCCGCGGGGGGGGCUCCGCGGCCACCGCCACCGGAGGCCACGCCAAGCCGCUCGGUCUCAAGGAGAUUUUGGGCCAUUUGAGCAGCCAGGAGCGGUUAUCGGAGGAAAAGCUGACCCGAGGCAAAGUCAAAGUGGUCAUGGAGAGAGAGGUGGCGAGGGGCAGACUGCGCAGGACGCGCUGCGGGAACAUCGCUCUUCCCCUGAGGGGGGCGGCUGCGGAGGAGCCGAGCAGAGCGUCCGCCGGCGGGCCGGGGGGGAGCGCGCCGCAGGGCGCGCACGCGGGCACAAAGUUGGUGACGUGGCCGUCCCUCUUGUGCGCUCGCGUUGCGCGUCUUUGUGAGCGUGCGUGUGUUGUCGUUGCUGCAUCAUCUCGGGGAGUUGAGCAGCGUGGAACGGACGCGCGGUGCGGGUCCUCCGCUCUCCCCCCCCUCGCUGCUGGCCGCCGCCCCCCUCUCCUCGGGAGGAUGAGCCGAUGGAGACAGCCAGCGAAGAAGAGGAACGUGAGGAGGGGGAGGGGGAGGACCAUGAGGAGGAGGUUUCCCCGAGUUCUGAUGAGGAGGCGGGGAAGACUGUCCCCGGUAGCCAUGACAACCGAACCUGAGCUCAUUGAGAAAACCACAGAUGUUGAGAUCCAGACAUCAUCAAAGAGUGAGAGUCCUCAACACGGGGCAAAAGGGAUGUGCGUGCUUGAUUCCCUCACCAGGACGACACAUUUACCUGUUCAGGGUGCUUUGCUGUCACAAUGUAACAGCGAACACAGAACCGUCAUCUCCGAUCAGCUGGAUAUUGAGUCACAAAUGCAACAUGACAGAAUCAACCACACCUCCCCGGACUUUAACAGCCUGGAGUCUAAAACGGAAGUCGGCGUGUCGUCCUGCCUGCUCACACCCACUGCGUCUCCGAGAGAGUCCGGCGUGUCUGAGGAACGAGGGAUAAACGGAGGAGGAGGAGGGUUUGUAAAGUCUGAAGGAGCCAGUGGGGGCCCAGUGGACUGGACAGUAUCUGAUGUAGUCAGUUAUUUCACAGCAGCCGGUUUCCCUGAACAGGCUUCUGCCUUCAGGACCCAGGAAAUCGAUGGCAAGUCUCUUCUCCUCAUGCAGCGUAACGAUGUUUUGACUGGCCUGUCAAUCAGACUCGGGCCCGCCCUCAAGAUUUAUGAGCGCCAUGUGAAGGUUCUGCAGAAAACACACUUUGAGGAUGAAGACUGUUAAUGACGGUUAUGUCUGUAUCUACAUAUAGCUCAAGUAAUCCUAUAAAAAAAUGCAUGCAUGAUGUAUCUGCUUUACUUUUAAUCUCAUGUCAAACAGCACACACACACACGCACACAACAGAGCACAAAUGUUGGAUGCAGAAAGCAGACUCAUAACAUCUUUGUAAUGCAGAGGUGGAAAGGAAAGUAAUGCAGUUCCUCUUUUUUAUUUACGAUGAUCAAGCACUUUGCCAUUUCUUGACCAAACUGUGCAAAAUGGUUAGUUUUUAGACGGAUGUUUUGUGCGGACCUUUAUGCACAUUUCAAAAGAGGUCCAGGUUAUUCUGUGUAAAAGUACAUUUACUGUUUUUGAGGUUUUAAUUCAACGGCCUCUCGCAUGUGGGUUCGUCUCUGUCAUUGUACGCUCUCUGUAUGUGUGUGCAGGCAUCACAGAGCAUGUUGGACGGAGCACAAAGUUUUAGAAAUUGACCAGUUUGACCAUCUCAGAAGCUGGGUGGACCCUCCAUAGUCCUCCUGUAUAUAUCACGAUGAAAUGCGAUGCAGGGUUCACAACCUUGUGCCAACCGGUUGCUGGUCGAAGCAAUAAGUUCAUAGCUGCUCAUCGAUGUUUGAGAGGUUGUUGAAUCUUGUCGGCUCUCCGAACGACAGGUUGUUUUUAUGUAUCUUACUGAAUCCUACUGAUCAAAAUCUAUGACAUUUGGUUUUUAAAAAUGUUUUUAAGCCGAGCUAGGCAUGAUCUGUUCUGAUCCAUGCAUCAGCACAUCAGGAGCCGGCUUUACAAAGACGGACAUCCUCAUCCGCUGCCCACAAAGCUUAAGCACGGAUACACUUGCAAUGAUUUAUGGGUACAUUUUCUUUUUUUCUGUUGUUUGAUGCCACAGUUCAGCAGGUGUCACUAGUUGUUACUAUUGAGAAUGGCCUUUUAGUUCGUAGUUACUCUGGGAAAUGUGAUCAAUCACUCUAUUUACUGGUAUGAAAUCAGCAGAACAAUCAACUCUCAACUGAGUGUAAAUAUAUUCAAAUUAUGUCAAUUUAAUACAACAGCCUCCAUCUGUAAAUUAUUGAAAACGAUUAUCUAACUGGAAGAUAUCAUCGCAGGUUGAAGCUGAGUCAAUCAACUAAUCUCAUCCCACCAGUUGUUUUGAACAGUUUGCAAACUUUAAAAAAGUAAGCGCUGUCUAAUGGUCACACGUCUGAAUCCCACCUUCACUGUAACGGCAGACAUUCCAUUUUGACGCAUCUUUUUUUGCACGCCUUAUCAAAUGACCUUUUCCCUCAUAUUUGUAUGUUUAUAUUUCUGUGUUCAGCAUAUUGGUUUUAAACCUCCUCUACCUCUCUCCCCCUGUUUUUCCCUUCAUUUUAUUUGCCACUUCCACGAACACAUCUCCAGGUAUACAGUGCAUGUUCUCUGCGUCCCUUGUUAGCAGUCAGAUCAUUUCAUUGAAUCUGUAAGAGGGGACAGCCGUGUCUGAUUCUGGAUUCUCACAAGGGAAAUGUACAGUGUGUCGACGCUCUUGUUGUUAAGUUAAAUGUGAAAGGACCAUUUCAGUAAUAAAAGUUUAAAUCAAAAGAC